GCGGAUGGAUGCUGCGGGAAGGGGCUGCCAUUUGCUGCCCCUGCCAGCGGCGCGCGGACCUGCACGCGCUCCCGCCGCCUCCAGCUCCCUCAGCCCGCCCGGCCUUUGCAGCGGCACCGCCUUGGCUUCCUCCGCGGCCGCCGGAGCGGUCGCCAUGAACCCCAGCUCCUCGGCGGGAGAGGAGAAAGGGGCGACGGGUGGCAGCAGCAGCAGCGGAAGCGGCGCCGGGAGCUGCUGCCUAGGCGCCGAGGGCGGUGCGGACCCGCGGGGUGCAGGGGCAGCGGCUGCUGCCGCCCUGGAGGAGCCCGCGGCCGCCGGACAGAAGGAGAAGGAAGAGGCGCUGGAGGAGAAGCUGAGGGACUUAACUUUCCGGAAGCAGGUCUCUUACAGGAAAGCCAUCUCCCGGACGGGCCUCCAGCAUCUGGCGCCUGCACAUCCUCUCGGCCUUCCUGUGGCGAACGGUCCAGCAAAGGAGCCUAGGGCCACUCUGGACUGGAGCGAGAAUGCUGUGAAUGGGGAGCACCUGUGGCUGGAGACCAACGUCUCGGGCGACCUCUGCUACCUGGGGGAGGAGAACUGCCAAGUCCGAUUUGCAAAAUCCGCUCUCCGGAGGAAGUGUGCGGUCUGCAAAAUCGUGGUCCACACAGCCUGCAUUGAGCAACUAGAGAAGAUUAAUUUCAGAUGUAAGCCAACAUUUCGGGAAGGAGGCUCCAGAUCACCAAGAGAAAACUUUGUACGUCAUCACUGGGUCCACAGGCGGCGGCAGGAUGGAAAAUGUAAGCAGUGUGGUAAGGGCUUCCAGCAAAAGUUCUCCUUCCACAGUAAAGAGAUCGUGGCUAUCAGCUGUUCUUGGUGCAAGCAGGCGUUUCACAAUAAGGUGACCUGCUUCAUGCUGCAUCACAUCGAGGAACCCUGCUCCCUGGGGGCCCACGCUGCUGUUAUUGUCCCUCCCACCUGGAUCAUUAAGGUGAAGAAACCUCAGGUGAUCUCCAUACCAGGAGAUGAACUUGAACUUGGUUGGGCGGGAGACGGACCUGGUUGGGCGGGAGACUGGAGCCCCUCAGAGAAUUUGGGAUUCUUCCAUUUUUACUGGGAGGGUUGGCAGAACUCCCUGAAGGCUUCCAGUAGGAAGAAGAAAAGAACGAGCUUUAAAAGAAAAGCCAGUAAAAGAGGAACGGAGCAGGAAAACAAAGGUCGUCCUUUUGUGAUCAAGCCCAUCUCCUCUCCUCUCAUGAAGCCUUUGCUUGUGUUUGUGAACCCAAAGAGUGGGGGCAACCAGGGAACCAAAGUCCUCCAGAUGUUCAUGUGGUACCUGAAUCCACGGCAAGUCUUCGAUCUUUCUCAGGAAGGGCCAAAAGAUGCGUUGGAGUUGUACAGGAAGGUACCAAAUCUGCGAAUUCUGGCCUGCGGUGGGGAUGGAACGGUGGGCUGGAUCCUCUCCAUCCUGGAUGAGCUGCAGCUGAGCCCACAGCCUCCUGUGGGGGUGCUUCCACUGGGGACUGGGAAUGACCUGGCUCGGACGCUCAACUGGGGAGGGGGCUACACCGAUGAGCCUGUUUCUAAGAUCUUGUGCCAGGUGGAAGAUGGGACUAUUGUACAGCUGGACCGCUGGAACCUCCAUGUGGAGAGAAACCCAGACUUGCCACCAGAAGAACUUGAAGAUGGCGUGUGUAAGCUUCCCCUGAAUGUCUUCAAUAAUUACUUCAGCCUCGGAUUUGAUGCUCAUGUCACCCUGGAGUUCCACGAGUCACGAGAAGCAAAUCCAGAGAAAUUCAAUAGUCGUUUUCGAAAUAAAAUGUUCUAUGCAGGGGCAGCCUUUUCUGAUUUCCUACAGAGAAGUUCUAGGGACUUAUCCAAACACGUCAAAGUUGUCUGCGACGGGACAGAUCUCACCCCAAAGAUCCAGGACCUGAAGUUCCAGUGUAUAGUAUUUUUAAAUAUUCCCAGAUAUUGUGCUGGCACAAUGCCUUGGGGAAACCCUGGAGAUCACCACGACUUUGAACCCCAGCGUCACGAUGAUGGCUACAUUGAAGUCAUCGGAUUCACCAUGGCCUCUUUGGCUGCCCUGCAAGUUGGGGGCCAUGGAGAAAGGCUGCACCAGUGUCGGGAAGUGAUGCUUCUGACUUACAAGUCCAUCCCCAUGCAAGUAGAUGGGGAGCCGUGUAGGUUGGCACCCGCCAUGAUUCGGAUCUCCUUGAGGAAUCAGGCCAACAUGGUACAGAAGAGCAAGCGGAGAACCUCCAUGCCUUUGCUCAAUGACAUCCAUCAGGUGCAAGCUGCGGACCUGCGGCGGGUGUCUGCUCCCCCCGGCUCCUUUACCAUUCCCCAGUCUGUCCCAGAUCGCCUGAGGAUCCGAGUGAACAAAAUCAGUUUACAAGACUAUGAAGGACUCCACUAUGACAAAGAGAAACUCCGGGAAGCGUCCAUCCCUCUGGGUAUUCUUGUUGUUCGUGGAGACUGUGAUUUGGAGACCUGCCGUAUGUACAUAGACCGCCUACAGGAGGACUUGCAGUCAGUUUCUUCUGGGUCACAGAGAGUUCAUUACCAGGACCAAGAAACCUCCUUCCCCAGGGCGCUCUCAGCUCAGAGGCUGUCCCCUCGGUGGUGCUUCCUAGAUGCGACUUCCGCUGACCGCUUUUAUCGAAUAGACAGAUCUCAGGAACAUUUGCACUUUGUGAUGGAGAUUUCUCAUGAUGAGAUUUUUAUUCUGGACCCAGAUAUGGUGGUGUCACAGCAGGCAGGGACCCCUCCAGGAAUGCCUGACCUGGUGGUUGAACAGGCCUCAGGGCUGUCUGACUGGUGGAACCCUUCCCUGAGGAAACGCAUGCUGAGUGACAGCGGGCUGGGGAUGAUCACACCCCACUAUGAGGACUCAGAUAUGAAAGAUCUCAGUCACUCCAGAGUACUACAGUCACCAGUCUCUUCAGAAGAUCAUGCAAUUUUGCAGGCAGUAAUAACUGGUGAUCUUAUGAAGCUCAUAGAAAGCUAUAAGAACGGAGGCAGUUUGUUAAUUCAGGGACCAGACCACUGUUCACUCCUUCACUACGCAGCUAAAACCGGCAAUGGGGAGAUUGUGAAGUACAUCCUUGACCAUGGACCUGCAGAAUUGUUGGAUAUGGCAGACAGUGAAACGGGCGAGACUGCACUGCACAAGGCUGCCUGCCAACGGAACCGGGCUGUGUGCCAGCUUCUGGUGGACGCGGGAGCAUCUCUGAGACAGACAGACUCCAAGGGAAAGACACCCCAAGAACGAGCACAGCAAGCCGGGGACCCAGAUUUGGCUGCUUAUCUAGAAAGCCGACAGAACUUUAAGAUCAUUGGCCAUGAGGACCUGGAAACUGCUGUUUGACCCUGGGUGACAGGCACAAAGAACUCGAGCAAGCGUAUCACCUAUGCCCUCCCGGCCACUGGGCAGCUCCUUUGGAAGAAGCUAAUGGAAUUCAUAUUGGCCUCUCUCCCGCAAGGAUCUAUCUGAGACCACACCACCAGGUUUAAGGGCUACCGGGAUGUACAACAGGACAUGAUAGCCCAUUGGGAAGGAGGCAGGCCGCCUGGAGAUUUGUGGAGUACGUGUUCCACAAAAUUUGAUCCUUAUUGCUUCCAGCAAGUAGCAUGAACUUCUGCGUUCACCUGUCUAAUUUAUUUCAAAGAUUCAGAGGAUGUUCACAUAAAAUGGCACUGCUCCCUCCUUCCUCUCUGCAUUCAUCUUUCCCUUGUACCACAUAACCUUACUGUAAUCACCCAUCGAUUUAGAAAAUAUACUAUCUCCUCUCUUUACUUUCAGUCUUCCAACCACAAGGUUGUCUGAAGGUCUUUUGAAACCCUCCUGGAUGUCUUGCAGAAACCUAUCUGUAAAACCACUUCCAUUUGCAGACUAAAUAUACCAAGUCUAGUUAGUGGCUUUGCAUGCCCCCUACCCCCUCUGGUUUCGUCACACAGGAGCUGGGAGGUGCCACAGUGGUAACGUCAACAUGUGUGCUCUGUCUCUGAGGUAUGGCGGAGCAACAUGGGAGCUGUCUGUGCUUGAAGUACUACAGAGAGAUUGCCCAGGGGUCAUCCCAGGCAGCUGUGCUGUUGGUGGUCAGAAGGACUGGUUCAGCUUGGGCUGUUUGUACAGCUCAGUACUGCCUGUGUGUAGCCAUCUCUGCCUUCUGCUGCAGGGGAGAUGUGUCUAGGAGUCAGUGAAAGCCCCUAGCUAGUUUACAGAGCCAUGCAAUUCUAAGUGUUGUUUCAGGGACAAGGUUGGGCCCGUCUAGGAGAGUGGUUAUAGGAAAUGGAGCCUUCAAAUGUUUAGUCCUAAGCUUUGUAAAGUGAUAAUAGAAAGCAGUCUAAUUGGAAAAAAUAGCAAAAAUAAAAGUAGCAAAGUGUGUCGCAACAAUAUACUUCAAUAGGAAAACAGCCUUUGGCAUUUCGGGCUGAGGCUAAUGACUGCCGGUUCGUGGAUACAGUGGUGACAGGGGGUUCAGGUUUGUUUUUCUAAGAGUUCAGUUUUCAGGAUGGCAAGGAAGGCUUGACCCACGGACAAAGCCUCAUCUCACCAGUUCCAUGGUCAGACUCUCAGGAUGUCUGGCCCUUCCUAGUCUGUACUUCACUCGUGACCUUUUGCUUCUGAGAUCAUGUCUGAUGGCCCUGUUUUCCGUGUAUUUGGGGGUUUAUUAAGCUCUGCUCCAUACUUUAUUUUUUCCUGUCACGAAUUUCUUAGUAUAAAGCACUAUGGCAGAAAUGGCUUUAUGAGAUCGUCACUUCUCUUCAUGGGGGGAUCAGGUAAUGAAGAGGAGGGGGAAAUUGCUUUCUACUCAAAAAUCUUCGAGUUAGGUGUGGGUCACAAACACAAGUGGUGUAUCUGAGGCUUUUCUUUCUGCUUUCUUCCAUUUUCUUUUUCUCUUGAACACAGGAAAAUGUUUCCUCCAUGUUUCUGCAUGUGACCUUUAAUCUCACAGUCCAAUGGGGACAAUUUGUUUAUCAGAAUCACGUAUCAUCAUUUGGAAAAGAUGGAUAUAAUGUACUAUAUUAAGUCCAAGCAGGCUUUGAGUGGGUGGGGGCUUCAUUACCAGAGCCUCCCUAUAGUCAUUUCAGGACCAAUCUUGGCAUCAUUUCUAGCCGGGGGGAAAAGGGUUGGCUAAAAGUAAUGUGUUUUUAGGCAUCCAUCUCAGAACUACAAUUUUCUCUUAGAUAUUGCAGGGAGGGGAAGCAGAGGGUCUGGACUCGAUUGUUUCCAGGAGCUGAAGUCACUGGGUUUCUGUUAGGAGUUUUUCAGUUGUUGAGGCUGUCAAGGAAAUAUUGUGAUGACAAAUAUAAUCCCUAGAAUGGACUGGAACCUUCCAGCUCCUAGAUGGAGCCAAACAUUUGGCCAAGCAGUUGGUUAUCCAGCUGGCCAGUGCUGAGAUACAGGACUAUAUUUUCGUUAACCACCAUCUCACAUUUCUCUGAGAAUGCUUCAAAACAGCCCAGAGAAAAUUUAGGAUAGAGGUGGCUAUGGGCCAAUCCAAAUAACUCCAACGAAGGCACAAAUAAGUCCCUGGCAUGAAAGUAGAUGAAGUACUAACUACUGUAAGGGUCCUGGUACAUGUAGAAAUUGCACCCCUCCCCUCACAAGAAGAGAAAAAAAUAGAUUCUACAUCAUAUGUGUAUGAUCCAUCUCUGGAAAAAUAACACUUCUAAGACUUGGUGUUUCAAAACAAUGUGAGCAGAGAAGCCACAAGAUUUCAUGAUUUCAUCAUUAAGUCUACCUCCUGUAGGUUUUUUUUUUUAAAUUAUUUGUUGUGUGUGGUAGUUCUGAGCAUGAGAAAGAGCUAAAGCCAUGUGGUCCAGGAGUGCCUGCCUCUGCUUAAGUAUAUAGUCUCCCAUUUAGUGAGCCAACAGGAGGUACAGAAGAAAAUGGUACAAUCCUGACCCCGCAAAGUUUCUCAGACAUAAAAGUAUGUACCUAUGGAAAAAAUGUUUAUGCAGCGAGCUGGGGCUGUGUUGCAAGAAACAGGCAACCUAGCAAGUUUCCUGUAUCCAGUCCCUUGGGUUGGAUCACUGUCCUCUUUGGAAUUCCUCUUUAAGUUAGGCUGGUGGGAGGAUGAAGAAUGAAAUGUUAUUAAAAGACAGAAUGCUAGUGCUGUGAAGGUAAUCAUUUUUGUAACCCCGUAUUCCACAGGUCAUGAAACAUUAGCCCGGUCCUUGCCCCCUACCACAUUCACUAACGUGACAGAGACCAGGAGAGGGUUCAUUAACCUAGAAGACUAAACAGCGUGACUGGGGAUUUUUGCUUUGAGAUUUCUGGUCACCUCCAUAGAGGUGAUAAUUGAAACCCAAUGGGAAUUCUAAAGCAGAAUUCAGCUGCAGUGAAAUUAGUAAGAACUGGCGGAAGGCCCCUCUGUCAUGUUGCUUUUUGCCUUGCCAGAAACUGCUCAGGCAGAUUUGGCUGGGUUCUAAGAUGCUCAACAAGGGCACUACUUUCCCCUGGAACCUGGUAGAAACUCCUUUGCCCAAUCGGUCUCUGAAAUGUAUUUGCUAGAACUCCUAGAAUAUUCAUGUCUAAGAAAACAAGGGGUGGCAGUUUCCUUUGAUCAUAUGAUACUGAUAUGAACACACAUUUUAGUUAUGGAAGUAGCACAUGCAUUUUAUACAGGUUCUAACUCCAUGGAAAGUGUCACGUGCAGCGUGAAGACAUCCUCUGCUGGUGUGUCUCCGUCCCCAGCAAGAGACACCGUCAAUGUGGACAAACAUGAUUGCUUGUAGGUUAUGUCAGAAAUAUCUUGCUCAUAUACAUGCAUAGCUGUACAUUUACAUGCAUAUCCAUCCAUACAUAAGUAGAAAUGUAUUUAUUUGUAUACAUAUAUGGGCAUAUAUGCCAUACACACAUAUUUCAUGUGUUUAGACAAGAAGACAUUCUAAAAGCAUGCCAAUCAUCUUUAUGUGUAUAGUUAACACUCAUAGGUGAUGACACAGAAUUUUCAUUUAGCUGUUAUUUCCUCCAUCCCUGAGCUUACUUCUACCCCUACAUCACUGUAGUUGCCCUUGGCAUUGGCUACUGUCAGAGUCAUAAAGUCCGUGACCAAUGAGUCUUCUGAUUAUUUAUAUGUUGCCUCCCAUGAUGCAUGAAACCAACCUUAGCCCUGUGACUUGUUUACUUUUGGCUCUCAGGGGAGUAAAGGAGAAUUCUUUCUUUAUGACCCCCUCACUUCUCUGAAGCUGAGUCGAUAAGCUUUCUAAUGCUAUUUAACUAGGGCAAGCUAUUGUCAGGAAGGGGAUAGAUACUCGGGUGUGGUCUAGGGGUUGGAGCAGCUUGUCUUCCAGUAGGGGAAGCUAAUUAAAUCACUGAGCACAGCAUGGUGUUUUAUUCAGUUAUGCUCUUUAAAAGUAAAAAUAGAUCUUUGUGAAAAUGGCUCAUCAUAACCACCAACUAAGACUGCUAAUUGUUCUAUGCAGCUAAAUUAUGUUCCUGUUAGGAAAAGAAAGACCAUGUAUUAAAUUAGCUCUCUGAACACACUGUAACAUGUAUUUAGUAUAAGCUCCCUUCUGCCCACAUCGCAAACAUACUGCCUUUGAAUCUCUCGGUGCUUCUCAGCACUGAACUCCACAUUCAGCUGAUAACAUGUCCUCUUCCUGUGCCCCUGCCAGCGCUCGUUUUCUGUCCCCCAGCUCUCUGGCUGUGAAACAUUGCCAGCACUACUGUCAUUCACUUUGUUUCACAGCUGCCUAAAUCUUCCCCAGAUGUUAUGAUCGAAAUAUACAUCAACAUGAAAUUUCCCUCGGGGUCAAAUUCCCAUGUUGCCCGAAAGAUAGGCACAUGCCUCUUGACCUCAGCUAUCUGACAGAAUUAUGGCACAUUGAUUCUUAGAAGCAGUCUGUGAGGUUGAGUUUAUUUUUUGUUCUAGUCACGUGAGAGGUCACAACCAUAAAUAGUUCCUUCAUUUGAAAGGGUGUAAGUGAUGUGUGCUUUUAAAAUCAUCCAGGGGACAGGAUUAUAUAUGGGUUAUACUCUCGAGAGUCAGCUGUGGUUUCUUUUAAAAAGUUGUUAAUGCAGUUUAAUGAGAAACCUAAAAACAGAAAUAAGCAAAGGAUACCACACUGGACAAUCCACUCACCCAGAACAUCGAAAUAUAUUAUUCUGGUCCCAAAGAGGAAACAGAGAACAAUCAUAAAGUAUUAAAGCAAAUAGCUUACAGUAGAAACUUGGAUGUUGGAUGAUGUGUUCCUCCAGGAAGUACUUAUUAGAUAUACAUUCAAUCAUGAUCAUCCAAUAAUAUAUUCAAAAAUCCAUCAUGUUUGCAAGUAUUUCAACAUUUCUUUCAAAAUAUUUAUCGCUCACCGUGAUACAGAUUCAGUAAGAACAUAGCUAUCUAAGAAUACAAGGGGUAAACAACUUCAAGGAAGGUGGCAGACGGAGAUCAAAUCACAAACCUAAACAGUUGAGGUUCUGUAAGUUGCAUGUGUUUGGACAGGAAGGUACCUCAGCAAUGCCCUAAAAGUUCACCAGGAUCGUGUGAAUUUUGUCACUCUUUGUUCUGUGUGAGCAAAUGCAAUAGUAUUGUUUUGUAUUUCCAGUUCCUUGGAAUCCUGGUAAAGUUCUUAAAAAUAUAGUUGAAACUUUGACUUUAAGAUGAAACUUAGAAACCCCACUUAAGGAAGGGCUAAGAGUUAUUUAUCCCAGUCCUCAAGAGCAAAACCAGGAGUAAUAAGCAGAAUUUUCAGUGGGUUGUGAUUAAAUAUAAAGAAGAUGAAGUAUGAGUUGCCAAAUAGUGCAGUUGGCAUCUGUACAGAGUUACAGACUUUCAACAUCUGGAAAUAGUUAGAUGGAGGGGAUUUGACCAUCCUUAGGCGUGUCACUAGAAGGGAUCUGUGAUCUGAAGGGGCUGCAAAUUAGAUUGUUGUUUUCUUUGCCUCACUUUGAGAAUGGCUUUGUCGGAUAGCAACAUUUGAUCUUAAAAAUUAAUGGGAACCUUGAUUCCUUAAUUAAAAUGUCACUUUAUACAUGAGGAACUUGAAAAUGUUGGAGUGGGUAGGCUUUAGUUCUCAUUUUAAAAAAUUAAAACCAACUAAGCACAGAUUCAAGAAUUCAAGGGGGAAAAAAAGGAAAAGCACAUAAGGAGAUAAAAUUUCAAAAUUCCUCUGAAAACAUUUUGGGUGUUGAUGAGUAUUCAUGGACAUUUCCAAGCAAAGCCUUAUUGGAAAUCUUGCCAUUUUUCAUAUAUAUAUAUAUAUAUAGUGCUGUGAUUUGAGAUUCUUAGAAUUAACUGUAACCUAAUCACAGAAAGAAAUUCUGCCUCAGGGUCAUUUAGGAGCUAAGUAAAUGUACAUGAAAGGCAACGUGGAAACUCCCUUGGUUUCUGGUACCAGCAUGGGAAUUGCAAGGGAUGAUAUACAGAACAAAACAGUGGGGUAGGUUUUCUCUUUGCUUGCAAUGUUCUAGCACCAAUGGUAUCUGAGUUGGCUGCCUUUGGUAGUGGGAGCAACAGGGACUCUCUCAUAUCUCAGCUCUUUAUUGAGACACAAGUGUGGUUCGCAGUAUAAAGCAAUUAAACAACAAUCCAAAUAUGGUUUAUUAACGACUUCCCAUAGAUUGUUUAAGUCAGAGCAUUGAUAGUUUGAUGUAUUUUGACACCUCUGAACUUUGAUAUCUAUUAGAAUUUGAUGCAGGAGAUAACACAGGUAAGAUAUUCUAAACUGGGUUCCAGCAUAGUAAAUUCAGCCUGCAUAGAUUCACACAGUGACAGGGCCCCCACCAGAUAAAGGAUCUGUUGAAAGUACAGACCAGCAUGCCUCAAAUAGAUACUUGCUAGGAAAAUAGUUUCCACCAUUGCCUUCAAUGGAGCUUUAUAUCGGUUGUUCAG